CAAAGAAUUGAAAAAUAAGAAAAACUACGUGUUUCUAUGACUACACUAACCACCUGCGUCAGACGACGGAUAUGACGUAACCGAUUCGGCAGACCGACAAUUCAGCUUUACGCGCGAAAAGUACUGAAGUGAACAACAGUACAGUGUUGGUCGUUGACAGGUUUCUGACUUAAAUAAACCAUGAGUAAGAAAGACAACUCAGCUGUAACACAGAUCCUCGCUUACCUGAAUGAGAAAAACAGACCGUAUAGUGCUCAAGAUGUCUUUACCAACCUACAGAAACAGUGUGGCUUGGGCAAAACGGCAGUGGUCAAAGCCAUGGAGCAACUUGCCCAGGAAGGAAAGAUUCGAGAGAAAGUGUAUGGCAAGCAGAAAAUAUACUUUGCAGAUCAGUCUCAGUUUGCUGAUGUAAGUGAUGCUGAACUGAAGAAGAUGGACAGUCGCAUUGCAGAACUCAAUGCUGAAGCACAAAGCGUUUCACAGAGCUGCAGACUGCUAGAUACAGAGCUAAAAGAGCUGAACAGCUCUUUUACCACAGCAGAGGUAAAGAUCCAGAUCCAGGAGCUGCAGGCAGAGUGCUCUGAAUACAAAGAGCGCUUGAAUAAAACUCAAUCAGCCACGAACCAUGUAACCCCAGAGGAAAGGGAGAAGGUUUACAAGGAGCGAGAGAUUUAUGUAAAGGAGUGGAGGAAAAGGAAGAGACUGGUUUCUGAUAUGAUUGGAUCUAUUUUGGAGGGGUACCCAAAGAGCAAGAAACAAUUUCUGGAGGAGGCUGGGAUUGAAACAGAUGAGGACCAUAAAGUGACAAUACCCAACAUCUGAUGUAGGAACUACUGAUUUAAUUCAGAUACCAUGGAUACCGUUGCUGGGACACCCGAAGCUGGAGGGGUUCAGAAGUAGGACAGAAACGAAUCUGAGAUACAGAAAGAACUGCAUUGUUAAAAAAAACGUUAUGUAUAAAUGUUGAGAGACAAAAAUGUUGUAAAUAAGUUUGAACAUUUAUUUUUGAAUUAAAAAUGAUACUGAUACAAAAAUA